AUGGCUUCGUCAGAGGUACCCACCCAUACAUUAUACACUGUAACACCCGUGGCAAACCCGAUACCUCCACCAACAGAGGUUGCGGUGUACCCAGCACCACCGCCACCUGGACCUACUGUGUACCCAGCACCAGCGACACUCGCGCCCCCAGUGCCUACAAUGUACCCAGCACCUGCACCAGCGGUACCGGUUGCUCCAUUUACGGUACCACCACCUACCGUACCUCCAGCCGUGACCACUCAUAUCGACCCUGUAGUACCACCAGUGGUACAUGCUCCAGCUUAUGCAGCAGCACCAGGAGUACCUCCCCCAAUCUAUCCAACGGUACCACCUGUAGCACCAGCUCCAGUGAUUCUGCCAGUUCCCACGUCGAUCCCUACCCACCUCACUGAUAUUGUCGCAGUACGAGCCCGGAUCCCAGCAUUGGCCGAGUCGAUUCACACUAUUCCGAGGAGAGACUGA